GCGUCAUCCCUCGGCGCCGCGGCCGGGAGCCGGAAGUCAUGGAGGAAGAGUCCAGGUAGCGGCAGUCCCAGAGAGCACCUGAGUUCGUCCAUCAGGCUGCGACGCGGGAAGCAUCGUCUUGACUGCAGCCGGUGCCGCGGCUGAGGAGGGCGGGCCGUGUCCGUCCAAGUGGGCGUCUGCUGGACUCCCUUCCGCCCUCGUGCCCUCUGGUGUCGCCCACCCCGCGUUCGGGGGCGCAGGUCCCGGCUGAAGUCUGCGAGGACGUGGCGUGGGGCCCGAGCCUGCGCCCUGCGCGCGCGGGCGGAGGGGGAGCUCUGCCGCCGCGACCGCCAAGUCCAGGAGCUGUUCCCGGGACCGCGGACGGGCACGCGCAGCGCACCGUGGCUUUUAGCCUUUGUUCUGACUGCCCUUCGUCCUUAAAGGAAGUGUCCUCUACGUGGUCCCUUAGCGAUGUGGGAAAUAUUAAUUGGGGAGCCAGUUGCCACCUGUCUUUCUCCUUCGGUGUAUGACAUGAUCUGUAAACUUGGGUUUGAAGUCAGAGAAAAUUGCGACAUCAGUAGUAUUGUAACUCAAAAUGGUGACGUAUGCUGGAAGAAAAUUACAGACUGCAUGGUUUAUACAGAAUCAGCCCAGGAUCUGGACCACCGGGAAAGCGUGCGGCUGCUGGGCCCCGUGUGCCAGGCCGUCCACCUGCAUCUGUCGUCUCUGCCCGAGGGGCAGUUUGAAAUGCGAUACGCACCGGCGCUCCAGUGGACAGGUGUUCCAGAGUUAUUUCCUGAAAUACUUGAUGCCUUGAGAAGUCUUGAAUCCCCCAGUAUUUCUCUCGGCCUCAUGAAGCUCACGUCAUGUCUGGAGCGAGCCCUGGGUGAUGUAUAUUUACUGAUUGGGAAGGACUGCCCCUUUCUUUUAAGAGAUCUGCUCGCAUCUGAGGAACUUGCUCAAGUCUUCGGGCAGCCUGUGAUGGACGUGCUCAAGGUCUUCGUGGGCUCCCCGCGUGGGCUGAACCUCCGCAACGUCCUGUGGCACGGCUUCGCGGCCCCGCAGGAGGUCCCGCCCGAAUACUGCUCAAUGUUGGUGUUGUUGACAGUAGGAUUGGGUCAACUACUGAAGGGUUACCUUCAACAGACUAACUUCACGUUGGCACAUCGACCUUUUGUAACUCUUAGGAGCAUAGAGGAUUUGAUCAUUUUUCCUGAUGUUACGACUGAGGUGCUUUCAGUAUUAGAAGAAGUGAUGAAGAAGUCCACUUUUAUACUGAAAGUCAUGUUGCCAUAUUGGGAAGUUGCAUUAACCAAGUUAAAGUCUCACAGGUUUGCUGACUGUGCCAUAUUGUUGUUGGUGCAGCUAGAGACUGGACUUAGGAAGGUUUUUGCUGAAGUUAACGAAUGUCCAAAGAGACUUCUAACUGCUGAGUCAACAGCUCUUUAUACUACCUUCGAUGAAAUAUUGGCAAAACACUUGAAUGAUGGUAAAAUCAACCAACUUCCUGUUUUCCUGGGAGAGCCUGCAAUGGAAUUUCUCUGGGAUUUCCUAAACCAUCAGGAGGGUCCCCGUCUAAGAGAUCGGUUAAGCCAUGGGGAAGUCAGUUUACCUGAAUUUCCGAAAGCAGCAGCCAGUCAGCUGCUUGCAUUUUCCUUUGUCCUUUUACUCAGAUUUAUUGAUGAAGAUCUGUUAUCAGUGUUCAAGGAAAAAGCCGCGGUGAGGUCAUUGAUUAACCUUGCAGUAGCCUACGUUUCUCGCUGCCACCCAGCUUCUCAGCUUAAAAAACAGGUGCUGAGCUGUGGGGGGAGCAUUGGAGCUUGGCCUCUGCUGCCUUUGCCCGAAGAAGCCGAAAGGGAGGCUGUGCGAUCAGAAGGUGAUUCUGAAACAGACGCCUGCAGCUCUUUAACCACAGAAAUCGUGGCUGAGCUGUGUUGCCAUGUGCCUGAGACACACCGCACUGCCCACCUCUCUGGGCCCCUUCCUCCUGAGGAGUGGCCCCGGCUGCUCCAUGCGCUCUGCAGCAUCCCCGUGCGGACCCUCUUCUGCCCCCGAGCUGUCUUGGAGGUGCUGGCUGUGCUCCGGAGGGUCAGCAGCCACUGUCGCCGCGUUUGUGACCAGGUAGCCGCGUGCGUGGAGCUGAGGCGCCGGCAGUGGGAGGACCGAAGCCUGCGCUCACGGCAGAGGCGGAACUACCUGCGUCUGGUUCGCAGUAUGAAGCUUCUGUCUCCGAUGCUUUACCUGAUUUUAUUGCUGAUUGCGUUAGAAUUGAUCAACAUUCACAUGGUUCUUGGGAAGAAUGCUUCCGAAUACCAGCAGUACCUGAGGUUCUUAAAGUGUGUCUUGCAGUACACAGAGAACCUGGCAGCUUACACCAGCCAAGACAAGAACAAGUGGGACGAAGCUGUCCAUCUCACACACGCGGCCUUGUUGAAGAUUUGGACUUUUACUGAGAAAAAACAGAUGUUAACACAUUUAGCCAAGAAAUCCACAAGUAAAGUUAUCUGAUAAGUCAGGAUGCCUCGGGCUCUGUCAGAGACCCGACCAACCAUGUGGACUUCAUAGCCUGUGAAUUGAGGAUCCAAGGACCAGGUGAGUGUCCAAGGGCGUAGCAUCUGAGGGCAGGUGGGUUCGGGACUCUGAUCCAUCAGGGCCCCAAGCCUCCUGCCCUUCAGUUCUCCAGUCGCCUUCCGGCUGCUGGUGUGAGCCUCAGGUGGAUCCCUGGGAAGCAGUGGCCGCAGCAGUUUGGGGCCUCGUCUCCCAACGUGUCCUGUCCAGAGGAGACUCUUCUCGCUCAGCUGUCACGCAGGCGUGGCUGGCUACAUUUUACUGGCCAUAGCGCAAAUCUUGAAAUGAUGGCUGUGACCAGCACCCUGCCCUGCGUUCACGGGUCAGGCUGGGCGGACGUCCACCCCUGGACCAGCCACUGAAGCAUGGCGGGAGGCAUUGGGCUAGUCACCCCUGUCCUUGGAGCAGAGGGUGAGGUGGAUGGGAUGCAGAUCUCGCUGGAGAGAGGUGGGAAGGCCCUGGGAAAGCCUGCCAGUCAGCCUGUCCCUGGGGGUCCAGGUCUGGCAGGUUAGUGCAGACCCUGGGAGGACAGAGUGAGAUGGGCUGUGGACACCCCCAGGUCAGGCUCGUGGGAAGCCCAGGCAGCCACCGCAGGAGGCUCCUCAUCUGCUCCGGUGGCAGCAGCAAGGCCCGUGGUUCUCCAGGAGCCCCUGCAGGGCUGCCCUGAACCCAGAGUCUGGGUGCACUUGGCUGUGCCCCUCCCCCGCUGGCCACACAGCCUCCUCUGGCCUUGCUGGUGGGUUGGCCUCCCACGAACUGUGUCCUGCCAUGUGCUCCAGCUUCUCUGCCCUCGGAGGUCGAUAGGGAGGCCGCCGUGGGGCGGUGGGGCAGUGUGACCACAGACUUUCCUGGUCCAGCUGUCACUUCUCCAGUUCAACAGCGGCCACCCCUUUGUAACUGAACUUGUGGGUCAAGACGGGGACGCCUUCCGCUUCUGUCUGCCCCCCACACCAUUGCCCGCCCCCCCAGGCUGGACUCAAGUUACAAUUAUGGUUUGGAGGAGGACCACUCGUGACCCUGCUGGUGUUGGCGCUGGAAUGGGGUGGGGGGCAGGGAAGAAGCAGCUGGGGCUGCGUGGUGACCGCGGGACCCGAGGCCGGGCUGGCCGCUGGGCUGAGGAGGCUUCCUGUCUCGUCGCCGCCUCCUCCCUCAGCCACUGGCCUCUGGUCGCGGUCCUCACCUGGUAGGUCGACCCAAACCUCACUCCUCAAAGAGCUUUCCCGCUAGAAACCUCCUAGUUCUGGGAACUAGUUGUCCAUUGCCUUUUACCCCUGGAGAUGGGAAUGCUGAGAGUUUUCCCAAGGCCCCCGCCUGGGCUGCAGCUGUCCCCAGGUGCGUGGGGAGCAGGCCCCCAGUCAUAGCCCUUUGUCCUUUGCUUCCCUGGCAAGGCUGCUGGGAGGGCCUGUCUGUGGCAGAGUUUUCUUGAGAACAGAAGCCUCCAGGCCAGCAGGCAGCCAGUGCACCGCCCCUGGCCAUGGCUCCAGCAGGCCGGAGGUUGCCCCCGCACCUGCCGCCGGGACUGUGGACCUCUCAGCGGGGAUGCAGCUGUGAGCACCGCCGUCCCUGCUGCAUCCUCGAGGGGGUGGAGCGUGUGCCGAGUGGGUGCCGCCCUACUCGCUGAGCACCAGUGGCUGAUGUGAAGGGCUGGGAGGUCUCUGCGUCACCUGAUGCCGGGGGGUGGGGGGUGGCCCUUACCUCUUCCUCACGCCCCCGCACCCCUCCGACCCCCUGUGUCGGCCCCCAGGCUCAUUCCCCUGGGCCCCUGACUGCUGACCUCACUGACCCAGCGCGCUUCCCGUGGGUGUCCCCUCACCACGUGGUCCUUCCUGGCGCUUGACUGGGAGCGGUCCCCGCCCACGCUGUCCUGGGGCCGCCCUGCGGCUGGGCACUGCAGCUCUGCCCUGCAGGUGGUGUCUGUGGACUCUGCAGAAAUCACAGAACUCUUCACGCUUUGGGUAGCCAUUACAAUAGGCACACACGAGGAGGAGUGAGCCUGUGGCUCUGUGACCCCCGCCUCGGAGCGAGCAGAGCCGGCUGCUACGCGGUGGGGGCGUCGGCAGCUGGAGAAGGGGGUUCUCGAGGGGGGCCACCUGAUGAUGGCCGAAGGCUCAGAGGCACCGACUGGCUCCAUCAGGAGGAAACUCGGAGCCCCGGGCAGAGGCGGAAUCCUGGUCUGUGCGGGGUCCCUGGGUCCUGGGGGGCGGGUCCUGGCCUGUGUGGGGUCCGAGAGCAGCAGGGAGCUGGCUCUCACAAGGAUAGGAACUGCGAGGCUUUGCCUGGGAGCCUCGGUCUGUGCUGUGGGCCUGUGUGUGGCUCUACCUGGCUCCCGUGUCCACAUGGAUGCGUGUCCACCAGGCCUGGCGGCACCCAGACCACAGGGUGAGAGCCGCCUUCAUGCCCACCUGCAGGUCUUACUCUGGGUUUCGCGCGAAACCGGCCACUUGGCAGGUGAACCGGUUAGCGGCCCGACAGCCGGGGCCAGUCCUGUAGACGCUGCUUCCAGGACGCAGAGGCCCCCUGGGUGUCUCCUCUGCCCAGGUGGCAGGUGAGGUGCCUGCCUGCCCGUCCCCGGGGAGGGCGUCCGGGUCGCUAGGUGCUCGGUUUACACUGUAGCUUGUGGCCGUCCAUGCUCCAUCAGGCCGUCUCGGCCGCUGUGUUUGCUGCCCGUGUCACACCAUCGACGGUGCCGCGUGGACGAGGGGGCCGCGGGUUCCAGGCUCUGCUGACCCCUGGAGACUGGGCAGAGCCCUCACGAGGCCGUGGAGACAGAAGCAGAGCGCUGCUGUGGGCUCGGCCCAGGCGCCUGGCGGGGUGCCUGCCUGGGGGUGCUGACCGGAGACCCGGGCUGUGACGAUCUGUCCCGAUCUGUCCCGGAGCAGCGUCGCGGUGGGGGUCGUGUCUGAUUACGUCGGUGCGUACAUCGCGUCUGAUUACGUAGGCCCCCGUCCGCGCUUCCCUGCCGCCACCCCUCUGCUCAGCAGGCCGCGUGAGCCCCUGUGGCUCUCAGCGCACUACCGGCUUCAGGGUCGUGGGGAGUUCAUUCUGCCUGCUUCUACUCGCCCUUCCCGCCACGGCCGAGGGCCGGGGGACCCACCGUCCUUCACAGCGAGGUCCAAGUCUGAGCUGGGGCCGGGGCCACAGAAGGGUCGGGUCGCUCUGCUGCGUGUUUGCUCGCAGCCAGGCCCCCAGCCCUUCCACGGAUCGAGGGCGGCCUCAGCGGCGGCCCUGCCUACCUGUCUAAGGGGCAAUGGGACGAGGUAGCCACCAGAGGUCUCUCGGCUGUGUGUCUCUGACCGGCUCUGCCUGCAACCGUCACAGGACCAGGCGGGCGAGCAGGCCCAGAGAGACCCCUGCCUUUGGGCGUCAGCGUCGCUUCCUGAGCAGACCAGCUACUCCUGUCUCGGGGCUUCCUCGUGGGCUGAUGGGGAUUCUGACGCCAGUGCGCUUGCUCCGUGGGCUGCCUUCUCUCCCUGAUCCAGCUUCUCACUCGCUGUCCCCUGACUGUUUUUCUCUUCCUUUUAUGCUGAUGGUUCCCAGACGCUGGUCCCCUGGACGGCUCAGCACCAGCACCACACAGGCCGUGUCCACUCACCAAAACCCUCCCCAAAUGUCCAUCCCCAGCCCCUCAGAGUCAGUCCUCCACCUGAUCCCCCGGAGAUGGUCUCCUGCCUGCCCGCCACCCUCACGUGUCCUACCUGGCCUUCCAGGUGGGCUGAGUUCCCACGGGAGAGUGGCCAGAUGCCCACCUCCAGGGAUGCUGUCCACGUGUCCCAGGGUUGCAGCCUGGGCCUCCCGCAGAGAGCGGCAUGGGUCCAUGGUGUCACCGUGUCUGCAAGCCUUUCCCGCGGGUCCUGGGCAGCAGAUGGCAGCCACACGAUGCCUAUGACGAGCGCUCCACUGGCUGGGGGCCGGGCACUGGGCACAUGGCUGCUGCCCGCCUGCCCACCCUCGGGAGGCCGCAUCGCUCCUGCCUGACGCAGGCCGGGCCCUGUCCACAGCAUCCGCCCCUCCCUGCAGCCUGUGUCCUGCCAACCACCUGCUCCUGGAGGGAAGACCCUGCCUCUGUCAGAUGCAUCCCUGCGUCCCCCCGGGCAGCAGCCACAGCCAAGGGGGCAAAGGUCCUUGUUCUCAGAGGAGGUCCCAAGUGGGCUCUGACCCUUGGGUGGGGGUGGGGGCAGGAGGAGGGGGCCAGCUGAGCACCGUUCCGCCGGCAGGAGUCGCGGUGAAGCUGGGGCUGGCUCUGAGGGGCCGUGGUGUGACAUCGACAGUCACGGUUGAGAAGUGGCCAGAGGCUCCCGAUGCCUGGGGGUCUGUGCCAGGCUCCCCAGACUCAACAUCCUCUGCCGGCCCAGUACGUCCCUCCGACGGAAUUGCUGGGGAAAGGAAGGAGGUGAAGGUUAGCUAGAUCUGGUCCCCACACGAGGCAGCAAGCUCUCCGAGCUGUUCAGAGUGAGGCCGCAAGGGAGCGGCUGAUGCUGCCGUGGGGGCCUGGCGGAGGCCCCGGGCUCGAUGCCGGACACGCCCAGACUGGAGCCUGGCUCCGUCUAUCAGUCACGGGCUGGCCCUUCGCCCCGAGCUUUCUCCUGGGAGGCGUGUGGAGAGGAGCACCCCUCCCGGUUAGGGUGCCGUGCUGAGCACGUGCGAGGCGCGCCAGCCCCUCCUGACCGGGGCGACGGUCUGGCAGUCCUGCCGGCCUUCCGCGAGGCCUGGAGGAAGGAUGCUGUGGAGACUCGGAGGCAGUCACGCCCCGCGCGUGUGGAGAAGGCCCCCGCCCCCACCCCGAGCCUCUGCAGACGUUUCUGUGCAUAAGGGGGACAGGACACAGCUGCCGCCUCUUAAGUCCUCAUCCUGCUGCUGAGCUAAGAAUAGCCCUGCCCGGCCCGGGCGGUGCCCUCGGGACGAUCUGCCAACAGAGCCGGAGCCGACUGCGAGCAGGCCUCGCCUGUGCUGGCCCUCAACGUGGGACGCGGGGUGGAGGGGGUCGGGGGACCCUUUCCCAGGGAUUCCGUGGGGAAUCUGCUCCUGUGAAUAAACAUUGGGUUUCUA